AAUCGCCAGCGUAAUGGCCGCAUCGGAGUGACAGAUUAACGAAAGGCUUCUUUUUAUCGGCGAAAGCAAUGUCGCUGGACCAGACGGUUUGCGAGGAUUUAAAGGCAUUCGAAAGACGUCUCACGGAGGUUAUCGCCAGCUUACAGCCUUCCACGCUCAGAUGGAGAAUGCUACUGGGAUUCAUCUCCAUUUGCACGGCGGUAGGUGCAUGGCACUGGCUAACCGAUCCCAAUACCUCCGCGGUUUCGUUCGCUCAGAGCCUAUACAAUCAUCCGUUCUUCACGCUCGCCAGCAUUAUCCUGGUGAUACUGUUUAUGAUGGGGAUUCACAGACGAGUCAUCGCGCCGAGCAUCAUCACGCAGAGGGCUCGGAGCGUUCUAGGUGACUUUAACAUGAGCUGCGACGACACGGGGAAACUCAUUCUCAAGCUGACGAGACCCCCGCAUCCUCAUGAAACUUAAGACGAUCGAUUCACCUGGAGGCACGUCCGAAGAAAGUGUUCGAUCCCACGAAAGGACCUUCCAUGGUGCGUGCAGACGACGAGAGGGCGCAUCUACCACAUGUGUUCCGCAAACUAUCUUUAAUAUCCCGACGCCCGGAGUCAAAGUUUCCUUCCAUCUUGAUUUAUUCUCGUCUAUACGAGGUUUUGAAAAUUUCGCUACGUUUCGACUCUUGCCAGAAAACCUUGCCAAGAGUUUGGUGCGAGCCAACCGCGAUAUCGGUAUCUAAUUAAAGGAAUCUCUCCGUGACUCGCUACUCGAAAGUUUUACCGAUGUUAAGGGAAUCGGUGGCCCAUACUUUUGUUCCUGUAUCGGAGACUAGCCCCGUUCCCCUCGCUAGCUCCACUAAAGCAAGACCCAUACCGAGGCUCGGUCGGUUGUACAAUUGUUAAUAUAUACAUAUGUAUAAAUUAAUGAUAAGCGGUUACGUUAACGCAACGGACACAUACGCGAACCAUAUUUAUUAAGGCUACGAUAUUGUAAUAUAAUUUCUGUUCCUAUA